CCAUCUUUGCCUUUUUGUCACAUCGACCCCGAAACAAACAAAAUGCAAAGGAACAUUUAUUAGAUCCAUCUUCUGCAUCGCCUCUUCUCCUCGGACUGAGAAACAGAGAGAGCGUUUCUAGAGAGAGAAUUUGGACACCCCUUUUAGAGAGAAAAAGUAGAGAGAAAGAGCAGAUCCUCUUCAAGAGAGAAAAACAUAGAGAGCCUUUAGAUCCCAUUCCCUUUCUGAUUUUAUAGGUCCAGAGAGAGAGAGAGAGAUGUCAUGGGUUGUAAGGUCUCUAGCCUCCCCUUGUCAUGGACGACCCACAAUCCUCAGAAGAAGGAACGAUAGACUCCUCCUCUCCUCCAUCAAAGGGCGUCAAAGAAGAUCUCCCUCAACUGACCAAAACCUUCACUUGCCUCUCCUAACCACAACCACUUCUUCUUCAUCGGAGGGCCCUUCUCAAAACCCUAACCCUAAUCCAAACCCUGAUUCAUUGAACCUUAGCGCUGAUACGAACCCUAACCCCAAUUCUCCUGAGAGCAGAGAGGCGAGAGAGGAGAGAGAGAGGGCUUUGUCACUGAGAGAGACAGAGGGCUUUGUCACUGAGAGAGACAGAGGGCUUUAUCACUGAUAGCAUGAUAGCAGAGAGGCGAGAGAGGAGAGAGAGAGGGCUUUGUCACUGAGAGCAGAAAGGCGAGAGAGGAGAGAGAGCAAAUAGACGAUAGGGAGUUAGGGAGCAGAGAUGGUUGAGACAGUGUGAGGCGAGAGAGAGCAGAAGAGGCGCCGAAGGAGACGAAGGACAAAGGGCGCACUUUCAUCCGAAUAAAUUCAAGUCUAACUUGAAUUUUUUGGAUGGUGAAGAGGCACCUCCUGGUCUCAAAAUUGCGGGCAUUUGGACGUCGGAGCUGGAGAAACCCAGAAGUGAUCCCGCUCCAUGGCUGCUACGCGGAUUCUGGAAGUUCUGCUCCAUUUCAUGGCUGCUGCUUUCUUCUGUUUUGCGUGGGUUCACGCAAAUGAUCACAGGUUAGAAGGGCGCUUGCUUAUGUUCAGAGAGAAGAAGGGAAACUCCACCUUUGAGUGCACUCCUUCAGGCCCUUGCAUCGCCUGCCAGUAUUCUGAAAAGAAUGAUGAGAAGUAUCACUGCAGUGAAACUGGUUAUCGCAUUCCUAUAAAAUGUGCGGAAAUUCAUAAUGGUUUCCACGAAUCAAGCGGCACCACAAUCCAAAAGGGCAGGUCCACUUUAGAAGAGAGUUACAUGGAUUCUUCUCUUCCAGUAAAAAAAAAUAGCAUCUCUUUUGUAACUUCAAUGAGACAUCUACGGUGGAGAAGAUUGCUGGAUGUUUCUUCCACAACGAAGGCCGUGGAGCAGAAUUAUCUUAUUUUCAGGAGCUGUGUCCCCGCAGCUGAUGAAGAGAGGCUGACUGUUCUAGGGUUUGAGGAAACGACCUGCAAUGAAGGGACACAUUGUCUAGAAUGACUCCGAUGCAUUGGUCCUGGAUGUGGUCGAGGGAAAGGGAGGAACAGCUUCAGCAAUCCUUGUUGCAAUGCUAAUGCUAAUCAUGGAUUUCUUCUUGCGCCACUAUCCACAAAUCAGGUUGUGACCAGCCCAUCUCCCUCUUUCAUAUGCCAACUUUAUGGGGAAAAAAAUCAUUGGUAGCCAAAUGUUGCUGUAGUUUUGAUUUCACCUUUAACAUACCUAACUCCAUUUCUUGAAACGAGGCACCUCCGUCGCCUCAGUUUUCAGCAUGCUGCCCUCAGUUAUCGCAGGCCACAAAGCAGCAUGCUGCCCUCAAUCAUGCCUUCUCCAAUUUGAACAUCAACCAGCCGGAAUGAUAGAUCAUGAUUUUCAGACUUCGUGGAACCUCUUGUCUCUUCCACUAGUUUUUCUUUUGGCCUCUCUUGAUUCCCACGCACAUCAUUAGGUUAAGUGUUCAGCGAGGAAAGAAGGUGCCAUUGAAGAUCCUGACCAUGCUAACUAAUCUAAGGAAAAUGACCAUCCAACAGCAUGAAGCUUAGUUCA